AUGCAUCGAUGUUUGAAUAAUUGUUGUACUGCUGCUAAAAAAUCAUUGAUUUCCACUCCGAUUGGAAAAAAGCAAAAUAAUUUAGUAAUCCAAUCCAUCAUUCCGAAUUUUAAUAAGAAGAAUUGUUUUCAUUCUAAUUUAUUGAAUAGAAAUUCUCCAUCAUCAUCAACAACAGCAGCAUCUAACGGAAGUAAUAAUACUAGUUUGGAUAGGGCAGCAAACUAUGGAAAUUCACCAGGAAGAGGAGGAGUAUUAUUAAAAGGAACAGGAGUUGGAGCUACUCCAACAAAGCCUAUGAAAUUUAAGGCUUCAGAUUCACAGAAAAAGAAGGAGGAAAAUUCAUCAUCAUCAUCAUCGGAUUCUAAUGAAAAAGCAGAGCCAAGACCAAAAUCAAAAGUAAUGUUGAAUGUUGCUAUUUGCUUUGCUGUGGCAACUGGAUUUUUAUUACAAUAUACCAAAUAUCAUGAAAUGAUUGAUGAAAGUGCUAAUGAUGGUGCUUUGAAAUUAUUAACAAGCUCGGAAGGAAGUAAUGAUGAAGAGUAUGCUCUCUAUACAAAUAGACAUCACUUUUGCAUGUCUGAUUUGGUGGCAAUUUCCAGUAAUAGUUUUAUUGCAAAGGUUGAAGAAAAGGAUGCUAACUUAAUAGUUGUUUAUAAUCCAACUCAUUUGAAUGAAAGUACAAAGAAGAAUGUGGAUGGAUUGCUCAGUCAAUCAAAAUCAAAUACUAUGGUUGUUAUCCUUCCAAAUCAUGAACAUCACAAAUUCUUUGGAGAUUACUUUUAUGAAUAUGUUUUCAAACCUUCACGUGAUAAUCUUCCAGCACCAAGAGUUUUAUUCAUUUGUCAAAAGGAUGCAAGGGAAAGAUUCCAAGAGGAGGCAAGAAAGAAUGUGAUUGUUAGAAAGGAAAUUUCAGUAGAUACUGUUGUAAAUAUUGAUCCAGAAUUAUUUAUGGAAUUUGGAAGAUUUGCUGGAGUUUCAAAGAAGGAACAGGCCAAGGAUUUGAGAAAGCCAGUUGUGGAUUUAGUUUCUCGUCAUUUUGAUAUUAUUAGAUUUAGAGGAUUGGAUACUAGUGUUGAAGAGGCAUUACUUUAUCAUAGAAAAUCUGGAUUUAUUGUUUCUUGUGAUUUAAUGAUGAAUCUCAAAGGAAAUCAAAGAAUAGAUGAAAAUAAUCGUGAAAAGGCAAUUAUCAGAUUGAGGCAACCAGAAUUAGAGCCUUACGUCAUCAAAUAUUCACGUUUCUUUAAUUUUGCAGACACAAUGAAUAUUCCGUUUGUGGAUGAUAAAUUAUUCACAGAACGUGACAAGAUUCAAAAAAGCUUGGAAUUUAUUACAAAUCUGAAGUGGAAUGGUGUAGUUAUGGCUCAUGGUGAUCCAAUUUUGAUAACGAAUGAAGAACAAGAAAAGGAUUUAAAGCAAAUGUGGCUUAAUACUUGGAAAAGCAAAAUGGAAGGUAAAUAA